AUGCGUAUUGCAGCUGGACGGAGCUUUGGUACACAGGCAGCAUUUAUCGCCAUACCUGUGAACUUUGCAUCCCUCGGUUGUGAUGUUCUAAUUUCGGCGACACUGUGCUGGAUGUUCCAUGCACAUCGCUCUGGAAUGAAGAGAUCCAACUCGAUCAUCAACAAGCUCAUUAUAUUUGCCAUCAAUCGAGCGAUUGCAAUGAGCUUAUGCUCAGCGUUAACAGUGGCUUUGAUUAACAAUGAGGCGCAAGCUCCAGGAGGAGAACGACCGUUCUAUCAAUCUGUCACAGGUGGUCAAUGA